AUGUUGUCGGCGACACUCAAGAAUGGGGAGCCGUUUAGUCCGGCCAAGGUUCACCCGCUCCUGUCCCCACAGGCGGCCAGUUCAAGUUUCUCCGACCGCGACCUUAACCCCGUCGAUGCCGAUGCCUCAUUUAAUAAUCCCACCCGCCCAGAGUCUCCACAGCCUCCGCAGACCAGCGUCCACUGCCCCCAGGACGCGCCGUAUAAUGCAUCGGUAGUAACCACAGAAAUUGGCGGUACGCCCGCUGUAACACAACACCCAGCCAGUCUGACAUCGGACGAAUCCUCCCGCAAAGAAGACCCCACCGCUAUCAGCAAGUCCUCCUCCAUCGAGAACCUCUCCGUCCUCCCGCGCAUCCCGUCUUUUGGUGAGAACCGCGUUCGGAAGCACCGCAAGAACGCGCAAUCAAUCGACUCCGCGAUACCCCGCCAGACUCUUCUUAAGGCGUUACAGUCUCGGCCUCCGCCUUCGUCGGCGACACAACAGUCCAUGGAUUCCGUCAUGGAAGGCUCAGAGAACGGAGGGAAGAAUGCGCGAUCAAAGAGCAUCACUCAUUCGCAACUUGCAAAAGCGCUUUCCGAACUUGAAUUGCACUCUGCGGACCUUUCUGCAAGCAAGAUGGCUGCGCUCGCAUCGCCAUGCUUUUUCCAUAAGAAGUUUGACAAGGCUGUGAACCUGGGAAAGGUCAUGGAAGAGAUGUCCGAGGAUGACACAAUAUCGCAUUCAAGACUCGUGCAGACUGCGAACAGUGUCCGUGAGGUAUCGAAGCAACUGCAACGUCGACCCAUCAAGAUGACGGUACGCAAUGUCAUGAUUGUUACCAAGGCUCGUGACAACAACCUUGUAUACCUUACGCGCGAGUUGGCGGAAUGGCUCAUGACUACCUCGCGCUACGGCUCAGACAUUGGAGUGAACGUCUACGUAGACCACAAGCUGCGCAAGUCGAAGCGCUUCGAUGCUGCCUCUUUGCUAGCCAAAGACAAACGCUACGAGAAUAUGCUUCGUUGGUGGACACCAGACCUGUGCUGGGAAACCCCAGAGAUCUUCGAUCUUGUUCUUACUCUUGGUGGAGACGGCACCGUACUUUUCACCUCGUGGCUCUUCCAGCGCAUCGUACCGCCGAUUCUGUCUUUCUCGCUCGGCAGCCUUGGUUUCCUUACAAACUUCGAAUUCGCGCAGUACAGGCCAGCGCUCGACAAGAUCAUGUGCGAGACUGGUAUGCGUGUGAAUCUGCGCAUGCGCUUCACCUGCACAGUAUACCGCUACCAGAAGAACGUUGCCCAAGGAUCACCUCAGCACAUCGAAGCUGAACAAUUCGAGGUACUCAACGAGCUUGUCAUUGACCGCGGCCCAUCACCCUACGUCUCGAACCUCGAGCUCUACGGCGAUAACAACCUGCUUACCGUUGUGCAAGCAGACGGUGUUAUCUUCUCGACGCCUACCGGUUCAACAGCAUACUCGCUCUCUGCAGGUGGCUCUCUCGUGCAUCCGGAUAUUCCCGCUAUCCUCCUGACACCCAUCUGCCCGCAUACUCUCUCCUUCCGCCCCAUGCUGCUUAACGACAGCAUGCUCCUCCGUAUCGCAGUACCUCUCAAGUCACGGGCUACCGCCUACUGCGCCUUCGACGGCAAGGGCCGUGUCGAACUCCGUCAAGGCGACCACGUCACCAUCGCCGCUUCGCAGUACCCAUUUCCUACCGUACUCUCGCAGCCAACCGAAUGGUUCGAUAGCAUCAGCCGCACACUACGAUGGAACUCGCGCGGUGCGACACAGAAGGCCUGGGAUGGCGACGAUGACGAAGAGACUGAGGAAGAGAAGGAGCCCGAUUUUGACAUCGACUUUGACAACGACGACGUCGAUCGCGAUUCCGGAUACAGCGCUGAAGGUAGCACUGUCGAUGGCAGGGGAAGCCCAAUAAGAAAGGGUGUAGUGCUACCCUUCUUGUAG